AGCUCGUCUCCUCCCCUGCAGUGUCCUGCGCUGAUGACCAUAGUAGAUAGAUCACUUCGUAGCCGGCCGCCGCCGCCGCCGCCGCAAAACAGCUUCUUCUCCUGAAACAGCUAGCUAGCUAGUUCCGACUUGCUGUUGCUGUUUGCAGCUGGAUAAAGAAAGAUGCGCUUCUCCUCGCCUUGGCCUCACCGGCAUCGCCAGCUUGAAAGCGUUCGGGAGGGAAGGACGAAGCGACAGGUGAGAGGGGCUAGGGGCGGCAGACCUGCAGCGCCGCCAUCGCCGGUGGAGCGGCUUGGGCACAGGUGAAUGCCGUCAUCGUCGCAGACACCGCCGCCGCCGGUCGGGAGGACUGCUGCUCACGGCGGCCGGCACAAGCACGACGAUGACGACCCAAGCACGCCGAGGGGCUUCUGCGCCAAGUACUUCUCCAGGGAGUCGUGCCUCCUGCUCGCCCUCGUCACCGUGCUGCUGGUGGUGCUCCCGCUCGUCCUGCCGCCGCUCCCGGCGCCGCCGUUGGCGCUGCUGCUCGUGCCGGUCGCAAUGUUGGCGGUGCUGCUGGUGCUCGCGCUCAUGCCGGCGGCGGCAGGUGGCCGGAACGAGGCUGUGGACCCGGCGUCGUACUUGUAGUCUUGUAGAUUGAUGUAAAUUAAAAAGUUUUGCUAUCGUCCUCUUAUGAUUAGCAAGAGGUUUUCAGUUUUUGAAUCUGAGUGUUGGUUCAGUCUCAAGCGCAUCAUAUACUCCAUACUGGACUAUAUAUUAAGCAUAUAUGUCUAUUUAGCACUC